UCUGCCGGAUUUUUUCUUUGAAUAAACAGUAGAAAGGAAACAUUUGGGAUGAUACAGCAUAUCAGACUGAAAUUUUGAUCUGAAGCUGACUCCAAGUUGAAGUGAUAACCUUAGCUGUCUAGAAGUCCACUAAAAUAUCAGAUAUGAAAGGAUUUCAAGGGGUUCCAUGCAACCCUACGCUGGAUGUUGUUUUCUGGGUCAUCAAUAGCGUCAUCGCCGUCCUGAUGUUGGCGGGAAACUCUCUUUCGUGCGCGGUGUUUCUAAAGACCCGAUAUCUUCGCCGCAGCUUCAUGAACAUCUAUCUCGUGAGUUUGGCCAUUUCUGACAUAAGCAUGGGACUAUUUGUUGUGCCGUUCUACUCGGUUUUUUGUUCUGGUUGCAAGUAUUCACUCACUAAAUACUGUUGGGCGAUCAGAUUCCUGAAAGGUUUUGCCUUUGGAGCUAAUAUUUUUAACCUUUUAGCUAUUUCAUUGGACCGCCAUGAAGCCUUCAUCAACCCUCUUCGUUAUACCUCUAAGAUGACAAGAAAGAAGUUGGUUUUCAUCCUCGCCAUGGUCUGGGGAGCACCAGUCCUUUUGGCUGGUACAAGAAACUUCUGGCAGCACAGUAGUUCAAGAGAGAAGGCUCUUUUCAUCGACAAAACAUAUUCAAUUAUUUUGACUUUCAUUUUCGUUAUUAUUCCUUUCUUUUUACUACUUGGAAUUAAUUUUAGAAUUCUGAUUGUCAUUAAAAAGCAGGUUCAACGAAUUCACGUCGCCAACGCAGUUCAAAAUUUCCCUUCAAAUUUAUCUACAAAACGUUCUCGUGCAGUGAACAAUGUAAGAAAGCUGAAAGGGACUCUAGCUUGCGUUGUUGUCGUCCUAAUCUAUGUUUUAUGUUGGUUACCCCGUAUAUUUUACAAUUUUUGUUUUCUCUUUCGUCGGAAAGACUUAGUCAGUCCACUUCUAAUCCACCUCUCAUUGUUUUUCUUGUUUUUGCAAUCAUCUUUAAACCCAUUCAUAUACUCAUUUUACAGAGUGGAGUUUCGACAAGCUGCCUCUCGUUUAUUACGGUGCCGCCCUUACUCAACAGUUGAGAUAAUAACGUCAUCCCGAAAUGCACAUACAAUUGAUUAACCAAAAGGAGAGCGCUACUGGCUGUAAACUUAUGUAAAUAUUUGUCUCUGAUUUUAGCGUAAAAUUUCAAGAUUAGAGUAAUAAAUAAGCUUCUUUUAACCUUUCCUUUAACCAUAUCAUGUUCCUAUAAGAAUGCUUUUCUUACAGCUGUUCAACGUGAUAUAACUAAACAACGCCAGUAAUCUCUCUUCGAAAGGGGGCCUACAUUUUCAACUAAGAGCAUUCAUCGAAGAUGAAAAUCGCAAAUUGAGGAAUAAAUGCACGAUGUACAGAAUGUUCAGUAAGAAGAAACAUAA